AUGAAGCUCACCAGCUUUGCUUUCGCUCCCUUCUCGCUCUCAUGUCUACUCUUCACAGCUUCUGCUCUGCCAUUUCCUGCAAAGGACUUGUUCGAUUUGAGACCUCUCCUCGCAAGAGCAACUUACUCAGUUGUUCCUGUUGAUGGUGGUCCGGAAACUACUAGCAGUGCAGAUGAAUCUCCCACUCGUACAACCGUUGUCUCUACCAUUAUCCAAACUCCAAGCCCAAAGACAACGACAGUAGUGCAGACCGACAGAACAACUCUACCACCGUCUCCUACGACAAAUAUUGUCAUAUCCACUUCGACUACCACUACCACAGUUCAAUCUGAUCGAACAGAAACCAGUAUCCUGAGUAUCCCGUCGACUACGACCACCACAGUCCAAUCUGAUCGAACAGAAACCAGCAUCCUGAGUAUCCCUUUGCCUACCACGGUCACCACAACCGCUGGCUAUUCGAUAGUGAAUAUCGGCAACUCACCAACUGUUACUCUUGAAAUACCAAUAAUCGUCGUAUCCUCUGGUUCCGCAUCGGCACCAGCUUCGCAGUCAACCACUUCCAAUUCCAAUGGCAACGCUCAAACCUCUAGCACUGCUUCCCCGGUGCUUGCAAACCCAUCAGCCAGCACCUCCGCCGCAGCCACUUCCACAGCUAUCACCAGCUCCGUAGCAUCUACCGCGACAGCAUCUUCGAGCUCUCUUUCGGAGGUCACACCAGUCUCGACCUCUGUUUCACUCUCAUCCACACUAUCAAAUACAUCGCCAACAACGUCAACAGCGGCCUCUAGCUCUGAUUCCACGUCUACCACAAUUACUGCGUCCCUGAGUACUUCGAGUUUGAGCUACUCGUCGGUUCCCGCCUUAUUGCAAACAAGCACCCUCAUUUCUACGACACCAACUCCAACGUCACUAUCGACGAGCUCCACUUCUACUCCUACACCAACAAGACCAGCAUUUGACGACGGACAAUGGCAUACCACCUAUCCAUGGUUAAAUUUCACAGCACCAACUGCUGUAGCUUCAUAG